AUGGCGAGGUUGCCCUGCCUGAUGGGGCUGCUGACCUUGCUGAUGUCCUCCGUUGCUCCGAUGGUGCCCCCCACUCCGGGCAGCCCCCUGUCAGACAGAGAAUACCGCUUCUUCUUUGCCAGCCUGCAUCCCCCCUGGAAGGCGGACAUGGCCUGUCAGGUGCGUCAGGCAAGUGGCUGCCUCAGCCCCAACAUCCUGCAGCUGGACCAGGAGGAGAACCACGGCCAUGUCCCCGAAGGGCCGGUCUGCUCUGACUUCCCGGAGGCGCCCUGGUUUCAGACCUUCUGCCAGUUCGCCCAGUACCGCUGCUUCAAACGCCAGUUCUACGCCAAGAGAAUCCCAUGUCUGAGGUUGUCUCCUCCAAAACACCUUCUCCUCCUGAAGGAGCGACUGCACACUGUGGGGCCCUGGGAAAGGAGCGAAAGCUCCCCUACAGAAGAAGCUCCAGGGCAGGCUUCUCUCUCUGCCCUGCUGCAUGACAGCGUGGACUCUUUCCUCAAGUACUCCUACGCACUGUCGAGUCAGAAACUGCUUCCGAGGAAGCUCCCCCUGGCCAAGCCAGGGAUCCUGAGACCCCCGCAGCACAGGGGGCUGCCUGUGCCCCCACCGACUGUGCCGGUCCCGGAUCGUCCUGCCCCCUCACCUCCCACUCUGGGAUCCCCUGCCCAGGCAGAGAAAUCCUGGGAGCAACGCCUGCAGAACAGCGUCUGGCAGCUGAUCCACUUGGCCCUCUCCUUGGAGAGAUCCCUGGACACCAAGAGCUCUUCUCCGGACUCCGGCACCAAGUCAAAGCCAGGGAACACAUCAGGCAGUGCCGAGGAGGAGGUGCAGGAAAAAGACCCCCGUGGCAGCCUUUUAGCCCUGAAGAACGGCGAGGCAGUGAUUGUCCUGUGCUAUGCAAUGCUGGAGGGAAACUGUCUCUCGUCAGUGGUCACCCAGGCCUGGAAGGAAAUGGAAGACAGAGUCCUUGGGUUCGGAGAUUCGGUGUGUGACAGCCUCGGGCGGCGUCACAUGGACCUCUGCCCUAACUGCGCCUUCUGCUCGCUGAAGAGGGAGCAGUGUCGGCACAUCAAAAACCUGAAGCGUGUCCACUGCGAGACAGGCAGCUUCACCCCCUACAUCAACCCUCAGAUCUCAGCCCAGUACCAGGCUGCGGGCAACAAGACCAGCUCCCCAGAGACCUCGGAGUACUAUGGCAUGGAUAUUUUUAGAGGGCUGAGGGUGGAGUAUUGGUGCAGCCGGAUAGCCACCCGUGGCUGUGAGGACCCUCGUGUGGCCCUCUGGCUGAAGGCAGAGUACACCGCCUUCCAAGAUGGAGAUGCCCCGAGCCAGAUCUGCGACACGGGAGGAGUACAGCACCCCAGCUACUGUGCCUUCAAGAGCCACCAGUGUCUGCUGCAGACCCUCUACAACCAGAAGCACUUCACUGUGGUGCCUGCUGGAACUCCCCCUGAAAACAUUUUCUCCAACCAACGGAGCAGCUGA